CUUUAAACAACUGCAAUUGUCUGCAAAACAAACUUGCUUGUUUAGCGUUUUGUACAGAUGGAAUAAAUCUGUUAAACAAAGAGCAAAGACAUUUCAUGUUAAGAUUUUACAGAGUGUCUAGGUAUGUGUACUUGUCGUCAGCCCUGGUAAAGCUACCAAAAGGUAAUUUGAUAAAGUCAUGUCCUACCAAACUGACCUGUAACAAUGUCAACAGUUUACUGACAAGCAAAACUCCUUGGACCACUUUGACUUUGACUAGAAUCCAAAGCUAUUGUGAAAUGGCAGAUAACAGGUUUAUUGUUGGAUAUGCAAAGUUGGGAACAUCAGGAUGCAAGGGUUGCAAGACAAAAAUAGAAAAAGGAUCUCUGAGAAUUGGGAAAGUAACGGCCAAUCCGUUCGGAGGAGAUGGAGACAUGAAGCAAUGGUAUCAUCCAAGCUGCAUCUUUAAUACUUUUAAGCGAGCUCGUGCCACUACCAAAAAAAUAGAAGAGCCCGAUGACAUGGAAGGAUUUUCAGAAAUUCUUCCAGAGGAUAAAGAUGAAAUCAACAAACUUAUCAAAGAAUAUCUUGCUAAUGCAAAAACACCAAGUAAGAAAACUCCAAAGGAAGCAACCCCGAAAAAGACAACUGUCUCUCCAGCUGCGGCAAAAUCUACCCCAUCUAAAUCUUGCAAUGAUGAUGCUGUUGUUCCCUCAACAUCCACCAAAAUGCCGGACGACAAUGGGGAGCGAGACGAUACAUUCCGUGAGUUCAGACGUCUCUGUGCUGAAAUUGCUGAUGAAAGUAGUUACAACUCCAAGACUGCUCUGGUUACAAAGUACCUCAAGAAGGGCUCUUCUGGAGAGGGCUACACUGGUGACACCUAUACACUUUUGAAGCUGCUGCUGCCUGGUGUUGUGAAACGAGUAUACAACCUGAAUAACAAACAGCUUGUUAAAUUAUUCAGCCAGAUUUUUGGAACCAGUCUGCAGGCAAUGGUGGCUGAUCUUGAUCAGGGAGAUGUCGCAGAGACAGUGAGGAUAUUUUUUGAUCAGAGUAAACACUUGAUGCCUGUAAAGAAAAGUACAUUGACCCUACAACAGGUGGACUAUUUCUUGGAAGAGCUCUCUCUUGUGACAAAGGAAGAAGACCAACAGAGAAUUCUCACACAAAUAGCCAAAAGGUGUACACUUAAUGACCUAAAGAUGGUGAUACGUCUUAUAAAACAUGACUUAAGGAUCAAUGCUGGAGCAAAACACAUACUAGAGGGUUUAGAUGACAAUGCCUACGCAGCUUUCCAGGCCUCGAGGAAUCUCCGUGAUGUUGUCGAUCGUGUGCAACAAAACUUGGAAGAGGGAGGUGGUAAACCAGGAAAGGCUAGGAAACUGAGCGUCAGGGCUAAUCUCAUGACACCAGUCCUACCUAUGCUUGCUGAAGCUUGUCGCUCUGUUGAGUUUGCUAUGAAGCGAUGUCCCAACGGUUUCUAUGCAGAAAUAAAGUAUGACGGAGAAAGAGUACAGCUGCAUAAAAAAGGAACACAGUUUUCCUACUUUAGUCGUAGUCUUAAACCUGUACAACCUCAUAAGGUGGAGCACUUUAAAGAGCACAUCCAGAAGGCUUUUCCAUCAGGAGACGACCUUAUUUUAGAUGCUGAAGUGUUACUAGUGGAUACAACCACAGGAAAGCCCCUCCCAUUUGGUACACUGGGAGUUCACAAGAAAGCUCAGUUCACAGAUGCCAAGGUCUGCCUUUUUGUGUUUGAUUGUCUCCACAUUAACGGGGAGAAUAUCAUGGACAAACCCAUAAAGACAAGAAGAAAAAUACUCCAUGAAAAUAUGACAGAGAUAGAACAUCAUGUUAUGUUCUCAGAGAUGCAGCACAUCAAGGAGCCUGACGACUUAAAGGAUAUGAUGAAUGAAGUGUUCAGACAGGGACUGGAGGGACUCGUUCUCAAAGAUGUCAAUGGGAUCUAUGAGCCUGGAAAGAGACAUUGGUUGAAGAUAAAGAAAGAUUACCUAGAACAGGGUACAAUGGCGGACUCAGCUGACCUAGUGGUGCUGGGGGCCUACUUCGGGUCAGGAAACAAAGGUGGAAUCAUGUCAAUAUUCCUGCUUGGAGUUCAUGAUCCUGACACUGACCAGUGGUGUACUGUCACCAAGUGUCACAGUGGACUGGAUGACAAGACUUUAGACGAACUCCAGACUAAGCUGGACAUGGUCAAAAUCAGUAAGGAUGUCAGAAAGAUCCCUGAUUGGCUCAACAUUAAAAAACAAGUGAUUCCUGACUUUGUCAUACGUGACCCAAAGAAAGCACCUGUGUGGGGGAUAGCCGGGGCAGAAUUCAGUAAGGCGGAGAUACAUACUGCAGCUGGCAUCAGCAUCCGAUUUCCUCGCAUCACGAAGUUCCGUGAUGACAAAAGCUGGAAAGAGGCAACAAACCUCCCAAGACUUCAGGAACUAUUCAAGAAGUCGAAGGAGACAUCAGACUUGUUUCCUAGUUCCAAGAAAGGGAAGGCAGCUACCAAGCGUAAAGGGAGUCAGGACAGUGACAACGACAACAAUAACGGAAACAGUAAUGGUCACUCUGAUCACGCUGGGCCAGCACCUUCAACUCCGUCCAAAGGUCGAGAAUCUGCCCCAGUAACACCUUCCAAGGCCUCACCCAGCAAGAUGGGGACACUGGCAGGCUGGGUCAAAAGGGGUGAAAAAAGGUCAAGGACAGAGGAUAAUGACGAGGAAGCUUCCUCACCAAAGAAAAAAUUUGAUGGUUCUCCUUCAAAGAAAAUUGAUGAGGAGUCACCAAUUAAGAAGUCCUCAAAACCUACAUGUAAAUAUAGCAGUGACUGUUAUCAGACAAACCCUGCUCAUACAGAUCAAUACUACCACCCGACUGACAAGAAGCUUCCAAAACCAGGGGAGAGAUUACCAAAUGUGUUUUCUGGGACAAAGAUUUUCUUGUCAGAAGACACAGACAAAUACAGACUGUUAAAGCGAUAUAUUAUUGGCUUUGAUGGAGAUCUGGUGAAUGACUUUCAGAAGAAAACAGCAACUCAUGUUAUUGUUAAGCCAGGAGAAGCGGUACUGACCACAGGUGUGUGCAUCACAGUUGACUGGCUAUGGAGCAGCAUUAAGAAAAAGAUGAAGAUGCCGUUACAGAAGUUUCGUGUCACCUGAUCAAAGUUUUGUAUCGCACAACCAGGAUUGAUAUCUGCUCAAGUCUGUUUCCAAGGAAGUUUGCAAGGUCUGCUGAACAAGGAUAGUAUCGACAACGAAUAUAAAAUUCAGAUUCCUAAAAAAAUGGCAUACAUCUCAAGAUUCUGAAGUGAUCAAUUUGUAUUUGACAAUAUCAUCGAGAUUUUAUUAAACAUUUUUACUGAAUUUUAGAAGUGUACAUUACCAGUGUAACUGUAUGGAAUGGGAGAAAGUGACAAUAUGUGUGAGAAAAUGAUGGUGUGAUGAAAUUGUGAAGUAUAGAGAGGAUAUUUAAGUGUUUCCUGUUAGACAUAUAUCAGCACAAGUGGAAAAAAAUAGAUAUCUUCUGUCAGAAGAUUAAGAAAUAUUAUAUUUACUAGGAAACCAUUAUAUUUUCUUUUUAUUAUGUUUUUAUUGGAACAAAACAAACAUAAUAAUGAACAGUGUUAAAAAAAGUUGGGGAAAUAAAAGCAUGCUCUUUGAUGUCAGAUAAUUUAACAUUAUGCUUGACAACAAAAUGACACCAUUUUGAAUCAGCUGCUUUGCAUAGUGUUCCACCAUUUACCUGGUGAGAAUUGGUUACAAAAUUUGUUUAUAUACCAGAUCAAGGAAGCAUGAAAUGUACAUAUGAAUGCUUUGAUGAAAAUCCAACUCAUUCCAGUGUAGUUUCAUUUACCUACACUUCAUUUGUGACUGAACAGUAAAAUCAGGGAAUUUCAAUGCAGUGACUAGAAAUCAAUGUUCUUUUUGGAUAAAACCACAAAAGUUAAAUCAUCACUGGAAAUUUUUUAUCAUCAUGAUAGUUUUAAGGAAAUUGAUAAAUUCCUAUAUUUCACUGGCAAAAUGUAAUAAAUUGAUGUACCUACCAACAGAAAAUCCAUUUAUUAGCUAUUUUUGAAAAGUCAGGAAAGGAUUUUCUAAAGUGUAAUAUUAAUUUAUGAAAUUAUGCUAUUUGACAAUAAAAUGAAUUCCUACGUAAAGGUAUGCAUUGUUUUUUUUCUGUUAAAUUUUUGAGGAAACAAGCAAAAUAUUAUUCAUGUAUGAGUUUUCACUUAUAAACAUAGUAAAAUGAGGGUAUUCCAAACAAUUAUUACACAAAAUUUAUACAUGUUUGACAAAAUUUGAUAUUUGUGUACAUGUCAUCAAUAAUGAUUCUGGUUUAUACAAUGCAUUUUUGUUUUGUUUUUGUGCCAUGUACAAACAACCUUUUUUUACGUUCUUUGAAUGUUUGUGACUUAUAAUGAAAAGCGUAUUAUGUUUGGCAGCUAUGGUACUUAAUACUACUGUAAUGUAUAGCUACCUUUUGUUGACUGUGUAAAACAAUUGCUUUAUUCUUAUGUCACUUAUUAAGUAUAAUAGCAUGCUUUGUAUCAGUUAAUUGACUUUCAUAAAUUAUGAUGUUAUAACUUCUUGGUGGGUGAUUUCCUUUUGUGCCUGUUUCUACUGGUUUGGGGUAAUUUCCAAUUCAGGUUGAGAAAAUGCUGAUCUCGUUUGCAAUGUUUUGUUAAAAUUCAACACACGAGAGCUUUGAAUGAAAAUUACUUGCACAGCAACACCCUUUUCACAUAGAAACCAAACUUCACUAUCUUUACCAAAUAUCAUUCAGGGCAUCAUUUUUUUAUAUACAAAGUGCUUGCUGCACUAAAUUAUAUCUGAGUACAUAUGUACCAAAUAUAUCCAUGUCUAAGUCCAAAUAAGUAGCAAUACCUGUUAAAACACUGGCUAGAGACACAACUGUGCCAGUGAAGUGAGUUGGUUAUAUAUAGUAUUAUGUAGUUUCCAUGUGGUUGAAAGUACAUCAGUACAUUAACAUAUACGUUAUUUUAUACUUAACAUUAAAUCCAUUUACUUUAAUAAACUGUCACAAUGUUGGACUAUACCUGAACUGUCAUUAUAACCCUGCCUUUAUGCUGAGAACCAAGACUGUUGGGUUGUCAAGUUUCCUAUGCACAGAUAACAGCAAUUUAUGGUAGGUAGACAUUUUUUUCAUGUGUACGUAGUUCUUUGUUAUAGCCUUAUGUUAGAAUUUUGUUGACUUCUGUUGUGUUGUUUUUCUGAUAUUCGAUUAAAUCAUGUUGUUUUCUUGUAAAUUAACCAAUAAUUUGGUUUUUGGUUGAAAUAUGAUGACAAAUUACAGUACCCACCCUGCAGUAAGUCCAGGGGGCAUACACAAAAUGUCUGUCUCGAAGUUUAGGGGUAACGCAGGACUUAAGUAACAAGUACUGACUGACAAUGGCACUAUUGCCAGGCAUGGGCUUAUUGCGAGACAAUGCUAACUGUCUAGCUUUGAUUAGUUUCUCAGUUUAAGCCAGGUUUGUAAAUUAAUGUCUGCCCAUUUCACAUUAGUAUGUUACUACCUCUUGAGUGAAUUGUCCUGUGAUAACUGAUUG